GGGGAAUUCCUGUUGGGAAACUACGUUUUUAAAGCGCAUGCGCGUACGCACAGCUACGUAUAUCACUGUUACAACAGCCGGUGUUUCGUUUUCGCGUUCACUCAGUUUACAAAUUUGGGUUGAUUGUGUUAUUUGUGAUUCUGAAAGAUGGACGCCGACGUUGUUAUACGCUCUGAAAAACAAUUGCAACGAAAUUUAAGAUGUCUCAGCAAGGGUAUGACAGGGUUUUUGGUCCAGAGGAUGUCCAGCUGUUUGUGUCGUUCGCGCACGAUCACGGAGUAUGAAGCACAAGUUGUCACAUCUCAGAACACAGAUGUGGGAAAAGCCUCAAAGCUGAUGGAGAUCGUCAUUAGGAAAGGUCGCAGGGCAUGCACCUCGUUCCUUUCAUGCCUAGGCAUUUGUGACCCGAAGUUGUAUGAAAGUGUUACAGGACAUCCAGCACCAUUCAGCCACAAGGACCAUCACCACUCAGAAGACAUCCCAUCGUCAGAAAAACAAGCUUCAUUUCCAACUUGUAUUAUAAACAUACACAACUCUUCCGUGCAACAUUGUAUUUUUGGAAACAACAAUCGCCAAUGCAUUACCUGUGACCAGCAUUCUCUUCUCUCUCAGAAUGAUGCAAUAAAUGUAGAUGAAAUGGAGGACAGUCAGAGCCAUGACCAGCUGAUCCCAGCGCCGGACCCAGUAAGUCAAAAUGAAAUUCACAUGGAGAGGUCCCAGAUAGAAUAUGUCAUCAUAGGAGACCACAACAGCAUGACAGUCACAGAGACCUUAAACUCAGAGGAUGAGGAGGACACAGAGAUUGAACCAGAACCGCUUAUUGCUUAAAAGAUGUGAAAUGGUGGCUUGAAGAGAUUCAUCUCAGUUUGCCUGGUCUAUGAUUCUACAUGGGCUUGCACGUGUGAGUGGAUGCAAAUGCCUUAAAUUCACAUAUGAGGUGCUCAGUAGGUGCUGCUAAACAUUGACACUGUAAAACGUUAUAAUACAUUAUCUUCCUUAAAAUGUGUACCAUGAUCUUUCCACUGGUUGCUCUGGAACGAUUUAGUUUUUGAGUGCUUAAUAUUUGUUUGUGCUAAACAAAAGUGUUUGAACCAUUCCGGAGCUGACUUUGCAUUACUUGAAAUUAUGAGACUUGUAUAUGCUUUUUUUAAAGUAUAAGCUGUUUCCAGUCUUGUGUAAAUGUAAGUGUAAAAGCUUAAAAUGCUUAUUUUGGAUUUGAUGUUGCAGUAGUUAUUCGGUCAAAUAUGCUCAAUGUAUGCCUCUAAGACUCUGGAAAGCUACUAGUACGUAAAUCUGUGAUAUGAUUUAAUGUAUUCAAAUGUUGUUUCUGGAGAGACUACGUGCAUUUUUUUUCCUGUGAGGGUUGGGUACAUGUAUGUAUUUUAAAUUAUAACGUCUGAAUUAUUAUUUUAUCAACUAAACUAGACCUCAAGUCAAAUGUGAUAUCUAUGUAUUUUUAUUAUAACAUUUUACUUGGUUGUUUACUUAUUAAUGUCACUUGAUAUUUUUAAAGCUAUGUAUUUUUUAAUUUGUAUAUUUCUAUGACUUUUUAAAGUGUUUAUCAAAAUAAAGAUUAUUUAGCAUAUCGCACUAGUC